AUGGGUUUGGAUAUUUUGGGUAGAUCGGAUUCUAAUGCAGCCUUGGAGAAUCCAGCUGAAAGCAUGAGUAAUAAUGGUGCUGAGGCUAAGAAAAUCAGUAGGGCUGUGCUGGAAUCGUUGUGCAUUCAAGUGUCAUCCAUUUAUUCCGGCCUUGUCCCCUCCACCACCUUCACCUCCAGUGUCGGUGUCCUCAUCGCCUCCUCCUCCUCAUCUUUCCUCUCCUCCACCGCCAGUUUAUACACCCCAUCACCUUCACCACCCCCACCGCCACCUGUUUACUCUCCUCCUCCACCGCUUUCUCCGCCAUCGCCAGUUUAUUCUCUGCCACUUCCUCCUCCCUCACCCCCUCCACUUUCUCCUCCUCCUCCAUCUCUUCCACCGCCAUCUCCACCUCCUCCUCCAGCUAUCUCAUCACCUCUACCUUUCCCUCCAUCUCCUUCGCCGACUCCGCCAAACUUCAUUGUAAAAUUGCUUUGGUCCCCGCUUGCAAUACAGCUAGUUGCUUUGGUCCACGCUGUUGAGCUGUGCUUUAUAAGAACUUUAAGGAAGAUUAGAGUGCUCGAUUUGAUUGAGUCAGAGUUGAUAGAAGAUGAAGUGGAUUGGAUUUCAUGUUUUCCACAGAAUGGAACUUGUCUCGAGUCUUUGAUAUUUGACUGUGUGGACUCCCCUAUUAAUUUUGAGGCAUUGGAGAGACUUGUGGUUAAGUCACCGUCUUUGAAGAUGCUUAGAUUGAAUCGACAUGUAACAAUUGUGCAGCUCUAUCGUUUGAUGGUUCGAGCUCCACAGCUCACCCACUUGGGAACUGGUUCAUUUGGCCCCGGAGGGAUUGUUGCUCAGGGUAAACAGGAGCCAGACUACGUUUCUGCUUUUGCUGCAUGCAAAUCUCUAGUUUGCCUUUCUGGAUUCAGAGAAAUCAAUGCUCAUUAUCUGCCUGCAAUAGUUCCAGUGUGUGCUAACCUUACCUCUCUGAAUCUUAGCUACGCCACAAUCAGUACUGAACAACUGAAAUCCUUUAUCUAUCAUUGCCAUAAGCUCCAGACUUUGUGGGUGCUUGACUCGAUAUGCGAUGAAGGACUGCAGGCAGUGGCUGCAACAUGUAAAGAUCUCCAUGAGCCAGUGCAGGUGUCAUUUGGGAGAGAUUAAAUUCCCAAAGCUUAA